AUGAAAUACCAAAAAUUUGUUUUACCACUAGCACAUAUAUCUGCAACUAUUCUAGCUGCGGUAGUCAACGAGGACUACUCUGUUGGUGCUGCCGUGAUAUCAAACGAUGAAGCAACGAUUGGCCAUGAUAAAUCCAACAACAAAUUGGGAGUCAAACCAUUGGAGGACGAAGAUAACCAUCCAACCCCUGAUCAUAUGAAACAACCAUUGAAUCCGUACCAGGAGGCAGGCACUGCUAUUGGCGAUGCAACUUCUGCGGAAGCUCCCGAGGCUCAAAAUUAUGACGCAUUUAUUAUGUCAGUAUCAAUGAUUGUUGUCUCAGAGAUAGGAGACAAGACAUUCCUUAUUGCUGCUUUAAUGGCUAUGAGAAACUCAAGAGUUAUUGUAUUUACCGCGGCAUUUGCUUCAUUAGUGGUAAUGACAGUUUUGUCAGGUAUCGUCGGUCAUGCAUUACCAACUUUGAUAUCACAACGCGUCACUCAGUUCCUAGCAGCUGUUUUAUUCGUCGUAUUUGGAGCAAAGUUACUUAGAGAAGGGCUAAGCAUGUCUAAAGAUCUAGGGGUAGAGGAGGAACUUGCUGAAGUAGAGGAGGAAAUUGCCUCAAGCAAGAUUAAUUCACAGUUGAACGACAUUGAAGGUGGUAUAGGUUCCAGUCAGAACACUAAACAUUCUAAACUUGGUGAAGUUAGCCAUCAAUUACAAAAUUUAGCAUCAUUCAUAUUUACACCUGUUUGGAUCCAAGUUUUUGUAAUGACUUUCUUGGGGGAAUGGGGAGACAGGUCUCAAAUUGCUACAAUUGCCAUGGCUGCUGGAUCUGAGUACUGGUAUGUUAUUUUUGGGGCUAUCAUAGGGCAUGGACUAUGUACUGCUGCUGCUUGUCUCGGAGGAAAGCUUUUGGCUAAAAAGAUAUCAAUGAGGAACGUUACCUUGGGAGGUGCUAUUGCAUUUUUUGUAUUUUCGAUCUUGUACUUUUACGAUGCAUAUUAUAAUGUUGAGAACUAA